CCCAAUACACCAGAGCCAAAGUAGUUCGACAUAAAUACGUGGAACCCCACACAAUAGAGGCGUAGUCAAACAAGUGAUAAGGCCAACGUGGUGCUGCUGUCCUCCAUAACUUGUUUCAUCUAAUCUUCCUUUUUAUUUCUUGUAUAUUUAUUUUGUCCUGAAGCAAUUAAAUUAUUUCUGGUCCUCAUAUAUUUCUAUCUCUAGUCUAGUCUAGUCUAGUAAAAUAAAAGUAGGUGGGCGUUAAAUAAAUACACGGUCCAAGCUCGAAUUAUUUAUAUAUACACCGCGUCCCCCAAUUCUUCGGCCCCCAAACCCAUACACAGGCAAAAGGGGGCACGCAGCUCAAAUUAGGGUUUCCAAUUUCACAAAUCGAAUCUAGGUUUUCGAAAUCAGCAGCGGCAGCAGCCAUGGGCGGAGGCAACGGACAGAAGGCCAAGAUGGCUCGCGAGAAGAAUCUCGAGAAGUCUAAAGCCGGCGCUAAGGGGAGUCAGCUUGAGACCAACAAGAAAGCUAUGUCGAUCCAGUGCAAGGUGUGCAUGCAGACAUUCAUUUGCACCACAUCAGAAGUGAAGUGCAAGGAACAUGCUGAAGCAAAGCACCCCAAGGCCGACUUCUUCGCAUGUUUUCCCCAUCUCAAGGCCUAAUGUGAUAAUGGGUUUUGUAAUGUUGUUCCUUCCGCUAUCGAUGUGCUGAAGUUGGAAUCUUUUCCAGUGUUGUUAUUGAGCCUGUUCUAGACUAGGGAGAUGAUUUAGUUUCAACUGUGUGAAACAUCAUUAUGGGAUAUGUCCCUGAGGGAUUUCUUAAGUAUAAAUUGGGUGAAGUAUGUCUAUAAUAUGCCCUUUGCCUUUGGUUUGAA